AUGGCUUCCUCGCAUAAAUUUACGAUUAUGAGCUUAACGAGUAGCGACGUCAAGUCUGGCUCUAUCAAAGCUUGUGACAAGGCCGUAGAGGAGUUGAUUUUGCUGUUGAAUCCUAGGAACAGAACUGUCAAUCUUGGCGAUCUAGGGGACAAGAGUUAUCAUCAAAUAUUUGAGGGCCUUUUCAAUGUUGUCAUCCGCGAACGGCCCAAUUUAUAUGACAAGAGGAAGAAGGAAUCUACUCGCAAGGCAUCAACUACCCGCCUGGCAAAAUGCGCCUCGGCAGUUCGAAUGGCCGCCGCCAGAGGAGCCCCAAAAUUAGGACGGAAGACAUUACUAGCCCUUAUAGACCACAUCACUCAGGUUCUUCCAGACCCAGAUGGCGAUUUCGUUGCGCCAUUGAUCCAAGACUAUGUCAAGGCGUUAUCGGAAGUACUAUCCCGUCAGCCGCAUGUUGAGUAUUUGGCUAGACAAGAUGCGAGUGCCUGGGAAGUUUGUGUCGACUUUUUGCUUGAUAUUGCCGCCUACAUUGUUCCUACCGAAGCUCAUUUUAGCUUAACAUCUGCGCCCCGGGCUUCUCCCGCCCCAGGCACUUCGACACCAAGGUCAACCCUUCGUUCGAGUAAUUCUACUCAGAGCCAGAAGCGCGCGGCUCUUGUAGAAGGUGAUCCGCUCAGAGACGCUCUCGAAGGGUUGCAGUACUUGAUACAAGCAUCAAAUGCACCCGUAGCUCGACAAGCACGAAAUAUUACGGAUAUGGCUGUGCGCGUUCUGAACAUGAAGCACCUCAGUCUAGGAUCGAUGCAAGCCAUGUGUUUCUCUAUUUGCAACUCGGUCUUUGCCCGAACUCAUGCUGAAGAUCUUGAUUAUGGACUUUCAUUGACGAGGAGUUUACUGCCAUUAAUGAGCUAUUGGUGGAGGGCGGAGAAGGUCUCACAAGACGAGCUGAUAAAGGGAUUACGAAACGAAAUUUCGAAGGCAAUAUAUCUCGCACAUCCGCAUAUUGAACACAUAUCGAGUGACUGGAAUGAUGAGAUUCGAACCGAAAUCGAGAGUCUCGUGGAUCCUUUGUGGCAGGAAUACUCCAAGAGAGGUGAACCGUUUCGCCUUCAAUUACACGAUCUCACCUUCAAUCCUUCAACCCUUCCUAGCGGCGCCAUGCAACUCAGCUUAUUUGGUAUACGUAACCAUAAUUCAGAAGGAGAAAGUCACUGGGCCCUUGUGCAAAAUUUAUCCUUCUUAGAAAGUAUCCUUUUGAAGCAUGAUGGCAGCGCGGCUAGACAUGCUGUGGAAAACAGUGAACAACCACGAAAGCGGCAGCGAACCCGAGAACAUCUUAGCCGGCUCAGAUUGAAGCUUAGAUCUAGGGAUAUUGGGACGCAGAGGACUGCUCUUCAGUUGCUGGCAUUUUUGACCCAGGGAUUUGGUAUUGCAGCGGAAGAUCUCAACUCGGUCUUGGAUGAUCUUGUUACAUAUGUUUCCGAUAAGGAUCCAAUUACAGCAUCAUGGGCAUUGGUCGCAUCAGCCUGCUGUGUGUCACUGUCUCAAGCAAAUGAUUUCAAUGGAGAUCACUGGAAACAGCUGUGGCAUCUAGCUGUCAGAUCAGUUAGCAUCCCAGCGACUUGCCGGGCCGCCUGUUUGCUUCUCCACCGUAUCAUCGAAGUCGAUUUAAUUCCCUACAAUACCAUAUCCGAAGAUAUCGAUGGCAUUGUCACAACAGCUGACGUCAAUGGGCCAGGGUUGGUCUGUGAUACCUCUCUCGUCCUAAUGUUUCAUCUUUUCCACGCUCGGAAUGCGAGACUGCCAAGUGCAAGUCAGGCAACAUCCAACCACAUCAUAAGAUGGAUAUUUCUGAAAUGGAACCCAAACGAGUUAGCUUUCGCAUCGUCCGUGUCGUUCCUCGUUCAACCUCUGGAGCUCGUCAAUUUGCUCCGUGUAUGUUGUGGUGUCCAACCAUUAUCCUGGACAGAAGCAGACGCUGGUUCAGGAACGUCGCUGGGGGAGACAUGGAGGAUGCAGCAGGAAAUGGCCAAGUUUAACGAAUAUUUACUACUCCUGAAGCGCAGAGAGUCGCCAAGCAUAACCCAAUCAUGCAGGUACAUCUCAGCCUGCGGCCGGCAGCUCCAAUCUGCGUCCGAUCCGACCAACUUUUAUCCGUCCAAGAAACUUGCCUUUGAGCUGUUCUCUCCAAAGUUGGAUGAUCUUGUUGAACUUUGCAACACAUGGACUAAAAAGCCCAGCGAAGGUGGAACCCAAAUAUCACUAGACCGAUAUCAAAGCCUUUUGUCUGCCUGCAUCAUUGGAUCAUUACUUCUUCCUCAGUUUGCUGAUCUGAACACCUCUCAGUCAACAUCUAUGGAAGCUAAUGUUGUAAAUCUUGCAGAAAGGAGUUUAAUGGUUGCGUUGGAAUCUGUCGAGCCGGUAGCCUUCGUGAAUUCCACAAUGCGGGUGCUAAGACCUUGUCUGCCUGCUCUGAGAACUGCCGAUCUGCAUCGACUGCACUCACAUCACUCGUCGUUCCUCCGCAUUUUGACAGCGAUUUCAAAUUUAAUUGAUCAAAAGCACUCUGCCACAAUCGCGGCUACCGCCUCGGAUUUGAUGGAUCUUGACGAUGAAUUCGACUCACAGAGCAGCAGGGCCACGUCCAGUUCAGUCCCCAUGCCCGUGCCGAGGCAAAAUGUUCAACUGUCUACGAGCCCUCGAGUAUUUCAUUUGGAGACAAAGAAACGACUUGGCUUGCUUCGAGCCAUCCAUGAUGACUCGAGUCAGAUUGGCCUGCUCCCUGAGGCAUGGAUUGACGACCUGUUGUUGAUGUCCGACGAUGACCUAUUAUGCUGCCAGGCUUUGCUCCUAGAAAUUACAAGCUCUGAUUUGGUCGUCGGCUCUGAUACUGCAUUGAACAUUAUUCGAAGACUGGGGUCAAUUAUCUCCGCUUCUGACUACCAGUGUUGUGAAGUUGCACUUACGACUUGCAUGGAUGUUCUGGAUGGCCUCCAUAACAUUUGGUUGAAUGAUAAUCAAGAUCUGGCUGAGGCAGUUGGUGAUUUAUAUAAUUACUUCAUCAAGGCUUGCUUGCCUUCCAAUUUGUUCUCUGCCAAGGCUCAAAUGUCAAUGGCACGUCUACUUUUCACGCUGCUGAGCGCUAAUCCCGGUUACGGUACCAACUUGGGCUUGGAUUCAUGUCGCACUUCAUUGCUCAACAUUCUCAGCAGUGGCUCCAUGCAAGUGAAGUAUUUUAUUGCUGAUAGAAUAGCUGAUAUUUUCGACCUGUUCAUAUUAAUGCUUCAUGACGAGAUAUUUGUGGACGUGCUGGCAAGUCUGCCAACAAAUCCCGAAGACACAUCUGGUAUCGCCUUCAGGCUUCUGGCUUUGUCCAAGUUGGCAUGCCGAUGGCCAACACUACUGCGGCGAUGUAUCUAUCAUAUUUUCGAAACCCCAGGAAAAAUUAAUCGGUCCAUCGAUUAUGCAAAGUGGUGUCUCGCCGACAUUUCGAAAACCCUCAAGUUGAAAUCACCCAAGGAGCUUUUUCGACUCUUCUCGCGACAGCUACUCUACACCUGGAUGGAACAUGAUGCGAUUUACGACAUUCCUUUUGCUAUAUUUGGGUUUGAAGACUUGAAAGAUCUGUUACAAUCUGCGCAAGCAGAGGCUAUUGCACUAGCAAUAAUGCGGACCCAAGAAUCAACGAUUACUUCUCUCGGUACAUCUCUUGGAAUAAAUGAGGGCGACUUGAUCAAAAGAAAUUUUGCCACAGCUCUAUCAUACAGCAUGGCUUACGGGGACGCAUUCGGCGAUACUGGGCACGGAAAAGGCGAAGACCAUAUACGAAAAAAGCUCGGAAGUAAGAACUACGUGGAAGCAAUAUACAUCAAUCUUGUCGAUAUAAUUGCCACCUUCUUCGAUCUCAUCGACCAAGAAGACAAUCUCGAGCGGAUAUUUCGAAAACAUGAGGACCUCGCUUACGCAGCGGACAAUUUGGAUGCCAUAAAGAAGCUCUCACAUUCCUCAAACAAGCUUCCGCCGAACCAGCAGCCCAUGUUUCGGGCCAAAUAUAUUAUUCAUGACAUCUUCAGGCUCUGUCAGGGUACCGAAUUUCAAUUUCAAGACCUGUGGACACCGGCCUUAAUCCUGUCGGUGACAAGAAGUUUGUUCAACACCGUACAUUCAGCACUAGGUUCUCUACACGCUUGCUCCGUACUUCGCAAGGUCAGGCUGGUGAUUUGCCUGUCCGGGCCGGUGGCACUGGAAUCGUAUUGUCUCGAAAUGCUUCUCAAUUCAAUUCGAGGUUUCAUAGUUGACCCAGAAUGUGCCGACGACGCUCUGGGUUUGACCCAGUACCUUUUGUCUGGUGGUCGAGGGUAUCUGGCACAGAGGCCGUCGUUUCUUGCAGGGUACGCCUUGUCUACUCUUGCUUCUCUUCGCGUGUUUCUUGAGUCAAGUCAGUCCAGCACAACUCAGGAGAGUCAAUUCAAAGCCACCAUGAGUAAGGCGCAAAAGUUUCAUGAAUGGUUUAGCAAAUAUCUGUCUGACUACACUUCGACUGCCUUCCAUGACAAGAUUCAGUCUGAUUUAUUCAGAUCCAUCACGCACUCUGCAGCCAAUAUAAGAUCAUCUGGAAAUGCAGAGAAGGGUACAUCCGAAAGCAAGUUACUCCUUGAUAUUCUGAGAGAUGGUGCCACAGGGAAUCGCUUGCUGAACGAAUCAUCUCGUGAGCUUGCAUUAAAACUACUUUGCGGAGACUUCACUAUACCCGCAACAAUUGCAGAAGACAUUGUCGAAACUGAUUCUGCUGCUAAGGAUCAAGCAUCAAGUGUUUGGAAAAGCUGUCAAGCGCAAGACUUGAGCAGAACCUACCUGUCUUGGGCGGGACGUGUUGUUGGCCGCUCUUUUGCCGCAUCUGGGGACAUUCCAGAUGGCGUUCUCAAGGAAUCGAGCCUCAGUCUAUACAGCAAAAUCGCGCCUAGUCCCAAUGGUUCCGAAAUGGGGUUAUUGCAUCUUCUACAAGAUCUCACUGCGGAUCAGGAUUCAAUCGUUGCAGGCUUGGCAGAGGCCGCGUUACGAAGAGCAAUUUCGGAAGCUGUUGAGCAUGAGGAUGAGCUUUUGGUUGUGGCAUGCCAAAGGAGUCUGUCCGAAAGCCUUUUCGAAGCCUCACAAUGGGGCAACUUUCGUUCUCCGGCUUUAGCCAGAAAGGAGACUUCUAAAUUAGACAAUGAUCGAUCCGUCUGGGAAGACAGCAUUGCUUCUACCGACUGGCUGCAGAGAAUCAGCACCCAUCUGGUUUCAACUGUUUCGGAUUCGAUAUUGCUCUCAGCCCUGGCGCCGAUUGUGACGCAAGUGCCUGGAUUUACUGAAAAAGCUUUCCCGUUCAUUGUACAUCUUGUGUUGUGCUUCCAGAUUGAGCAACAGCAAACAGUCAAACGACAAUUAUCCACAGCAAUGAGGGAGUGGCUGAGGAGCGAUUCGCCGACUGCUACGCAUAACCUGAAGUUGCUGAUCAACACAAUUCUAUAUCUUCGAACGCAAGAGUAUCCCAAGGAAUCGUCUAUCGCAGAUCGACUGCACUGGCUCGACGUCGACUACGCAGCUGCCGCCACAUCUGCUUCUCGAUGCGGUAUGCACAAGACAGCUUUGCUGUUUGCGGAGUUGACUUCUACUGAAGUAUCGCGGUCUUCUCGGAGAUCAUCAGCACACAGGGAACAGGACAUCAGCAACACAUUGCUGGCCAUAUUCGAAAAUAUUGAUGACCCUGAUACAUAUUAUGGUCUACCAGAGGACGCUAGUUUGUCAAAGGUUCUUGCACGUGUUGAGUACGAAAAUGAAGGCUCGAAAAGCCUCGCUUUUCGGGGCGCACAAUACGAUAGCCACAUACGCCUACGUCGCCGAGAGGCAGAAGCAGACGGCCAAGCUCUCGUCAAAGCACUAGGGACACUAGGACUGUCUGGCUUAGCUCACUCGAUUCUUCAAACACAGGAAACCCUUGGUGCCAGUAAUCCAUCUGUUGAUAGUACGUUUAACACGGCUAGGCGAUUGGAAAUGUGGAACUUGCCUGCUCCGGGAAACAGCGAGCAUCACGCCGUCAUACUGUAUCAAGCAUAUCAAAGUAUGCACAACUCGACAGAUUUGAAACAUGUUCAGAGUGCCAUAUAUAAUGGCUUUGGGAGCAUUAUGCAGAACAUCUCCAAAUGCAGUCUAAAUGCGACGGCUCUUCGCAGUCGACUGGCGGCGUUGGCUGCUCUGACGGAACUGGAUGAUAUUCUGAAUAUUUCUGAUUCAUCCGAAGUUCCGGCCAUGCUGAAGAAAUUUAGAAAUCGCUCCGAAUGGAUGCGCAGUGGAUCAUACGGAGAUGUAGGUCAAGUUUUGUCGUGUAGGGAAACAUCAGUCAGUAUGAUUUGCCAACAUAUCGGCUUGUUGAAUCAUGCCAAGAUGACUGCGGAUGUAUUACGGCAAAUGCAAGUGGAAUCAAUGAUCUUAUCGUCUGGCAUCUUCCGAUACCACCAAGCGACACAAGAGUCCCUCAAUGUCGCAACUGCGCUAACGGACAUGAUUCCGUUGUGUGAAGGGUUAAAUCUGCACGUCGAUGCAGCUAUCAAGAUUGAGGUCGCCAACUCGUUAUGGGACCAUGGAGAGAUGGGAACGUCUAUUCGCAUGCUUCAGGCCAUCGACAAGGAGUCGUCCUUAUCAAAGCAGAGCAUACGGGUCAGUCGGUCCGAUCUUCUCUCCAAGAUUGGCCAUAAAGUCUCCCUUGCCCGAUUAGAAAAUCCGCACGACAUUCAGAAAACCUACCUUGGCCCUGCUCUGAAAGAACUGAAACGAGAGAGCAGCACGGAAGCGGGUUCAGUUUAUCAUCAAUUUGCUACCUUCUGCGAUGAGCAGCUGCAGGACCCUGACGGGCUUGAAGACCUGGCAAGACUACAAAACUUGCGCAAAGCCAAGAACGAUGAAGUCAAGGAUCUCAAAGCUUUGAUCGAUUCGACCAAGGAAUCGCAGCUGAAGACCAGAUAUGCCCACGUCCUUUCGAAGGAAAAACAAUGGCUAGAACUUGACGAAAAGGAGCUGAAACGCGUGGAGCAGACACGGAGUGAGUUUGUUCAACUCAGUUUAGAAAAUUACCUGCUAUCACUUGUCUCGUCCGACGAUUACAACAACGAUGCAUUACGAUUUACAGCAUUGUGGUUGGAGCGAUCUUCCGAGGACGCAACCAACAAGGCCGUCAUGAAGCAUCUAUCUCUUGUGCCUACAAGAAAGUUUGCCCCCUUGAUGAACCAGUUGACUUCUCGACUUCAAAGCCAAGAAAGCACGUUCCAGAGACUUCUGUAUGAGCUCAUCUAUAAUAUCUGCGUUGAUCAUCCCUACCACGGGAUGUAUCAAAUUUGGUCUGGUACGAAGGCAAGAGCUCAACAGAAGGAUGAGGUAGCCGUGCAGAGAGUCAAGGCGACUGAGAAAGUGGCACAGAGACUUGCAGCCACCAAAUCAGUGGCAGAUAUUUGGCUGUCCGUGGACAAGACUAGCAAGUACUAUCACGGACUCGCCAUGGACCGGAACCCUGACAAGUACAAGUCGGGAGCCAAAAUUCCUCUCAAGGACUCUACAGCAGGGCAAUAUUUGGUUAGUUGCCUCGCACGGUAUCGAAUACCUCCUCCAACCCUGCACAUUGAGGUCUCGCCAACGAAGGAUUACUCCCAUGUUCCCUUUAUAUCGAAACUGGAGCCUACAAUGACAAUUGCAUCGGGAGUCAGUGCACCCAAGAUCAUCACGGCAGUUGGCACCAACGGAGUCCGGUAUAAACAGCUCGUCAAGGGUGGUCAUGACGACCUUCGACAGGACGCAAUUAUGGAGCAGGUAUUUGCCGCCGUAUCGUCUUUGUUGAAGCUGCACCGAAGCACACAGCAGAGGAAUUUGGGCAUCAGAACGUACAAAGUAUUACCGCUUACAGCAUCAUCUGGCUUGAUUGAGUUUGUUCCAAACACAAUUCCCUUGCACGAGUUUCUCAUGCCAGCACAUGAGAGAUACUAUCCACGAGACCUGAAAGGCUCGCAAUGUCGUAAGGAGAUAUUCAACGUUCAGAACAGAACAACAGAAACGCGCCUCAGCACGUACCGCAAGGUAACGGAAAGAUUUCACCCGGUGAUGAGGUAUUUCUUCAUGGAGUAUUUUGUCGACCCCGACGAAUGGUUUGUACGAAGGCUGGCGUACACACGAAGCACAGCGGCAAUUUCUAUGCUGGGACACGUACUUGGUCUCGGCGACCGUCACGGCCAUAACAUUCUCCUAGACUCUAAGACAGGUGAAGCGGUUCACAUUGAUCUAGGUGUAGCUUUUGAAGCUGGCCGUAUUCUUCCGGUGCCAGAGUUGGUGCCGUUCAGGCUGACGAGAGAUAUUGUGGACGGCAUGGGAAUUACGAAAACGGAGGGCGUAUUCCGACGCUGCUGUGAGUUUACGCUUGAUGCGCUGCGAGAAGAGCAAUACUCGAUUAUGACCAUCUUGGAUGUCUUGCGAUAUGAUCCUCUGUACACCUGGUCAAUAUCACCGCUUCGACUUGCCAAACUGCAGAAAGCCAGAGACGACGAGGGUGGCGGAGACGACCCUGAACCGAGCGAAGCAGCAGCAGCAAAAAAGGCGAAUAAGAACAAUGGUAGAACAAAUGAACCUUCUGAGGCAGAUCGAGCUCUCGAGGUUGUGAGAAAGAAGCUGUCAAAGACUCUAAGUGUAACGGCAACUGUCAAUGACUUGAUUAAUAUGGCUACAGAUGAACGUAACUUGGCUGUAUUAUACUCUGGAUGGGCUGCAUACGCAUAA